CUCGCUAUUUCUAAACCAGAAAGACCUCAAUUCAAAUCAUGUCUUCUUCUCCCUCCCUCCAAUGGCUUAGCUUGGUUGGUACCAUCUGGCUUCAGGCCAUUAACGGUGCAAACUCAGACUUCCCAGUCUACUCCUCACAGUUCAAACAACUACUUUCCAUCUCGCAGAUUCAGCUUAACAACCUUUCCUUCGCCUCUGAUGCCGGAAAACUCUUUGGUUGGUUUUCUGGACUUGCAGCCACCUAUCUCUCUCUCAGGCUUGUCCUGUUCAUUGGUGCAGCCUUUAGCUUUAUUGGCUAUGGCGUUCAAUUUCUCUUCUUAGCAAACAAGAUCUCAAACUUAAAAUAUUGGCAAGUUUUCUUGCUUACUUCACUUGCUGGUAAUGGCAUCUGUUGGAUUAAUACUGUAUGCUAUCUCAUCUGCAUCAGAAACUUCUCUUUAGAGAGUCCUGUUGCUGUUGGAAUUUCCACAAGCUAUGUUGGUCUAAGCGCUAAGCUUUACACUGCAUUAGUUGAUUCAUUUUUCCAUCCAGAGCAUGAUCAAAACGCCAAAGCUUAUCUUCUCCUCAAUGCUGUUUGUCCUGUUCUUGUUGCUUCGGUUGUUUCACCGAUGCUUCGAGUAGCAGAAAGCAGAAAGGACACAAGAUCAAAUUGUGCUUUUGUGGUGAUGUUUGUAAUAGCGAUUGCUACCGGUACUUGUUCAGUUCUUGGUAGCAUUGGUUCUGCUUCAAGUGGUUUUUGGUCCAGAGAACAUAUGAUAAGUCUGGGAGUGCUUUUGCUUGCACCUAUUAUGAUGCCAGUUUUUGUCAAAUUUAGAGAAGGAAUUGAGAAGAAGAAGGAAAAUAGAGUAUAUGAUUUUACCAUUAAUGAAGUUGGAGGAGAAGAUAGAGUGGUUGUCGCUGUGCUUAAGAAUGAAGGGGAAGAUGAUGGAGAUCUGAAGGAGCAAAUUGGUUACAGAUUAAUGCUUAAGAAAACAAACUUUUGGUUGUAUUUCUUUAGCUAUAUGUUUAGCGCAACACUUGGUAUGGUGUUCUUGAACAACUUGGGUCAGAUCACCCAAUCCCGCGGGCUCUCUCAUACCUCUUCCCUGGUUUCCUUGUCUUCUUCGUUUGGCUUCUUUGGCCGGCUCCUCCCAUCCAUCAUAGACUAUUAUGUUGGCAAAAGAGGAGUCAGGAUUUCAAGAUCAGGUCUUAUGGCAACGACGAUGGCUCCAAUAGCAGGAGCCUUCUUCCUACUGCUCAACUCAAGCACCUUGAUACUAUAUGCCAGCACCGCCAUUAUAGGAGCUUGCUCAGGAGCAAUUACUUCAGUUGCCGUCUCGGCGACUACCGAGCUAUUUGGUACGAAACAUUUUGCUAUGAAUCAUAACAUCGUCGUUGCAAAUAUUCCAAUUGGAUCUUUCCUCUUUGGCUACAUGGCUGGCAUUCUUUACCAGAAGGAAGGAGGAAGCAACAGCUGCUUUGGUGCUGAUUGCUAUGACAAGACCUUCAUCAUCUGGGGUUCUGUUUGUUCUCUAGGAACAUUCCUUUGUGUAAUCUUAUACGUUCGAAAUCGCAGAUCUCGCUCGAUGGUUUCAGACAUAGAAACUAAUUAACCCAGAUGAAAUAAUGAUCAGUUAUUCUAGUUGCUAGCCACACAAGCCUCUGGUAGUUUUACAAAUAUUGUAUGAGUUAGUUGAAUAUGAGUAUACUUAAAAAUGGUAAUAGUUAGUAUUGACCCUCCCUGAUAGUUAAAAACCUUAAAAAGAGGGAGAAAUGUCUAUCAACUUCAUGUCGCUGAGAUUUGCUGAAUGUUCUCUUAUAGUUUAUAGAAUCCCAGCUCUGUAAAAUGUUUGAUAUUAUAGAUCUGAAUACAAAAGCUUCUCUUCUUUUUUUACUUU